AAUUUCAGUUGCUGUACAGUUCUUAGUUAUUACUCUCUGAUUCCAUAUUUUAUGGAGUACGGUUUAACGGCGGCGGCGGGUUCGAAUUUCAUGUUGGGGCAAAGGGAUUUUAAUACUGCUUCUUUCAUAAGGCAUUACUCCAAUCUUUCUUCUAAGCCAUCAGCAAUUGAUUUCAGUAGAGGUGGGAUUUUCUGCUCCUCUGAGAUUUGAGAAGAAUCGUAAUGAUUUGAAGAGUGAUCGUGUUUCAAUUAGGGGGAAUUCGACCGGAGUAUCUCUGCUCCAUCCUUCACCGGAGAAAGUCAUGAUUGCCGUUGAUGUUGAUGAGGCUAUCUUCAUUCUUUCACAAUAUAAUAUGUUUUUUUUUAUAGUUUGAUUGCAAUGUUUGAUUAUCUCUAUGAAUUAGUCAAUCUCUUUAGGUUUUGGUGUUUUAUGGAAUAGUUCUACCCCCUUAGCUUGUAAUCAGUGAACUAAAAAGGUUUAUUAUUAUUAUUAUUACCUUGUGAAAUUGGGAUAAUUUACAAUCACCCUUUUUGAUGUGCUAAUGGUAGAUGCUAUUGGUGUCCAUCUUUGUUUGGUAUCAAGUUUAAAAAAUGAAACUUUGUUAUGUUCAUGAAUGUUGGAUUCUAUUAUUGGUUUGUUGGCAGUUCUAGGGAACUUCAUAUCGACUCUUAAUCGAUUCAUAGGAGAUCGCUACGCCCUAAACCUCCCGCUUUCUGAUUACCACGUCCACGAGUACUUCAAGAUAUGGAAAUGUUCACGCGACGAAGCUGAUCAUCGAGUACAUGAGUUCUUCAAGACACCUUACUUCAAGAAAGAGAUGAAUCCAAUUCCAGGCGCUCGAGAAGCACUUGAAAAGCUAUCUAAAAUCUUUAACUUGUCCGUUGUCACGUAUGUAUCCCGACCCUUGAUCAUCUCCCUUCAAUACUUAACCCAAGAUCAUUGCUGCCUUGUUUUGUAUAUUUUGUAUUUCAUGUAUAGGUCUCGACAGAAUGUUAUCAAGGACCACACGAUCGAAUGGAUCGGGAAACAUUACCCCAGUAUCUUCCAAGAAAUCCAUUUCGGGAACCACUUUGCUUUAGACGGCAAAUCAAGACCUAAAUCUGACAUUUGCAAGUCGUUGGGUGCAAAGGUGUUGAUCGAUGAUAACCCGACCUACGCGAUGGACUGUGCUGCAGCGGGGAUUAAGGUUCUUCUUUUCUAUUAUCAGAACCCAUAUCCAUGGUGCAAAACAGAGCAUGCUGCUCAUCAACACCCUCUUGUAACCAAGGUCCACAGUUGGGAAGAGGUGGAGCAACAAUUAUCUUCAUUGCUUGUUUCUUAGUCACAUUUAAUUACCAAAUUAAACAAUUUUUUAUUGUGAUUCCUGAGAAAUUGUACAUGUGCAAAAAAGGAAUUGUGUAGAUGUUUAUCUUUUAUUAUUUCAUUUAAUAUAGACCCUGAAUUUCUGCAAUUAA